AAAAUAGAAAUCCCAUUUCAGUGCAGGACUUGAACGGAACUCCCUGCAGCCUGCACACACACAAAACACCCGCGGUGUGAAGUUUAUCGGCUGCAAACUAUGGCUGCAGAGUCACAUGAGUUGUUCGUUUGUCCAUCCGAGCCUACACACACUGCUGUGAGUCAGUACCCGCCUCCGUCGUCGCCCUCCGCGUGAUUUCAGCACAGUCUCACCUGUUGACGCCGCCGAAACCGCUCGCGCCGAUCUGUCAUUUCUCCGGGGAGGGAUCCAGUCAAACCAGUGCAGAUAAGAAAAGCAGAAAAGGACAACAAAGCGGCUGUCAACUUUACAACGAAACCCCCAAAUGUCUAUUAAUCUGGAGCGUCUGUGUGCGUGAAAGUGAAACGGCUUUAAGUUCGCUGAAGUGACGCUUCGCCGGUGGGUUUGUUUGGCUCUGAAUGUUGUGAAUACAAGGACCAACAUCUCUCGUCGUUUAGGUUGGAACACGUUUUCCAGAAAUGCCCCAGCAUAACAUGGAGAACUCCAGGAGCCAGUGGCAGCAGGGUCUGCAGCAGCCUUGGAUCACCAGAGUGGUUGGAGGUCAAAGUCCCGCCUCCUCAGGGGCAGAGUCAGACACAGAAAGCAGCAGCACAGAGAGCGAGAAGUCUUGCACUAAAAAGCCAGAGGUGGGCUUCUUGAGAGUCCUGCCGUCACCUUCAAUGCUCCAACACCGCAUCACAGAGAUCAACCAACAAAAGGAAGAACUGAAGAUUGAGUUGCAGCUGGAGAUCGCCUUGCUGCAGGGAGAGCUGCAGACAGAGAAGAACCAGCUGCAGAAACACACACACAGGCUACAGGCUCUGCAGCAGGAAGCCACACGGAGACAGAAGCACAAACACACGGACAGACUUAAGGAGCGAGAGAGACUAGAAGCAGAGAGGUGCAGGGUGGAGGCGCUGAAGAAGAGGUGUGAGGAAAAAGAGAAACCGAUCCCCAGUCAGCCAGAAAGUCAGAGAGAACAGCUAAAGCUGCAGCUGCAGCAGGAGAAGGAGGCAAUGGAGGCUGCUGUUCGGGCUUUCGAGGACUGGGAAUUUCGGGUUUUGGAGCAAGAAAGUGGCAUUGAUGAGGAUGAGAGCACGGGGGAAAAGUGGAAGAAGGGCGAGGAUGAGCUGGAGAAGGAGAUCUCAUGUCAGCUGCAUGCGGUCAAAACGGCGCAGGAGCGAGUCCAGCAGCUGGAGAAACAGCUGAGGGAGAUGGAGAAGGAGAAGGAGAGGGAGCUGAACUCCCUGAGGAAAGAGAAGAGAGAGCUCAUCCACACAAGUCAAACAGUUCUUAAAGAGAAGAAGCCGCUCACUGAUUGGUCAAACAUCACCGGCUCAACUCCCUGCAUGAUGUCACUCUCUCCUUUGACAGUUCAUAAGUCUCCACAGGAAACAUGCAAAGAAGCCACCAGUUUGCCCCGAAGACGGAGUUCCCAUCGCAACAACAGACUCAGCGACCGGCCGGUUUCAGUGCAGGGGUUGGUGAGGAUGCUUCCUGACAGCCAGACCACAGAGGCUUACCCCUCCCCCGUCACCUCCCAUAGACUCAGCAACGGGCACGCUGAUGGGCACAGAUCUGGGACCAGCAACGGCGGCGGGCUGCUCACUCCUUGCAACAGUGCGACAAGUUCGCGUGCUGCCAGCCCGUGCCUCUUGGAUCUUGUAGAGAUUGAGAGGAAACUGAGGGAAGCCAAAGCAGAAAGAGAAAGGCUACUCAGAGAAAGGGAAGAGCGGCGGCAGUUGUUGUUGGAGGAGAGAAAUCAAAGAGAGAUUCACUCCCCCAGAGAGGAACCACCAGAACCAGAACUAGAACCAGAACCAGUACCAGUGAGCCCACAAAGGCCUGAGAGGCCAGAGUCAAAUGAGUUACCAAAGAUUUUUUCCUCACCAAACCCUGAGCAGCGCAGUUUCCCCCUCUUCCUCUCUCCGAACUUUGACCUGCGGGCCCAUGUGGAGUCUUUGGGUCAUGGGGUUGCCGGUUGCACAGACCUGCGGCUGACGCCUCGACGCUGUGCGGGUUUCCUAACCAAACGAGGGGGGAGAGUAAAGACAUGGAAGAAGCGAUGGUUCUUGUUUGACACGGAUCACAGACGACUAGCCUACUAUACAGACUGUGAUGAGAGGAAGCUAAAAGGAGUCAUCUACUUCCAGGCAAUAGAAGAAGUUUACUACGACCAUCUAAGAACGGCCACUUCUUCUCCACGGCCCAGUCUGACGUUCUGUGUGAAGACAUAUGACCGGCUUUUCUUUCUGGUGGCUUCCAACGCAGUGUCCAUGCGAAUCUGGAUGGAUGUUAUUGUCACAGCAACAGAUGAACACAGCCGUUAUUGACCUCUUCCAUAUGUGAAGCUGCUGUGCAGAAAGCAGCAAGUCGUUUUCCCUUUCUGCUAUGUGAGGGGCUGGUUUGACUUGAGCUCUGCUUUAGAUGCACAUUAUUACCUGGACUCAUGAACUUAUGAAUAAUGAUGCAGAAAUACAGCGGUGCUGGUCCUGAACAAGCGUGAUUGAAUACAGAGGAAGAGGCUGUUACUGACAGAGUGAUGGCAGCAGCGGUUUGUCAGCUGUAGAACAGAAGAUGAAGAAGAAGCUUCGCCCACCAGCCUACACAUUGGGCUUCUGUUACUGGGAGGUUUUUCUCUGAGCUGGGUCUCCCCCUGCUGGCCACAGCCUGGAAUUACAGGACUGAUGAACACUACACAGCAAUACCAGUAGAAGUGGCCACAAUAACAGGAACACCUGGACAUUAUGAUGCAGUGCAGUCUAAUGCAGCAAUAAGUACAUUUUGGUUGGAUAUUUUUUGCUGAAUUUCAUUAUAUUGUCAGGUGUUCCAAUUAAUAUGCCCACAUCUUAGCUCUGUUUUACAAGAAAUGUUCCAAGUUUAUUUAUUAUUUGUAAUUUCUAUGGGGUUUAAUUUGCAGUUAAAUGAAGAUGUAUUCUCUUAUCAACAUACUAUUAAAUGUUCAUUCAUUUACACUUUGA